CGAGUAAAUUCCGCUCAGCUUCCACCCAGUUAAAUUACGGCCUCCUUGUAUCUGUCGGAUACAUUUUGAGUCUUGCGAAAAGCCUGCCACAAAAGAAGUUGAUCUCCUUAUUCUUGUCUCCGCCGCAAUGGGAUGCGCACUUCUGGAAAGCUCGCAAGCUCGCCUCUCUUCGGAGGUUCUCUCUCUGAGACCCCGGAUCUGCUUGUCUACGUACAGAGUGGAACGCUUUCAUCGGCCCUUCACAUGCUUGAGCGAGUAAGGUCCUCUACGGCUCCUGUACUGUGCCUAUCGUUCCGAAUAGGGUGUGACACUCGUGUUUCUGAUGAUUGCUUGUAUUACAUGGAAAGAAAGUGCAUAUACCAGCAGCAGGGUAACGGUCCUUGUAGCUCUGGCAUCAGUCGUAACCGUUGCACUCCCACUGCCUUCGAUUGCGCCUUCACGUUGAUUGUGCCAAGCAUAAGCGUCUUUGAUUGCUCACUCGCCGAGAUCGUCGCAUCUGGGUCUGCUUACAAGGAGCGAUCGAUGCAUAGACUCCCCGCCAUGCUGCAUACACUGGAACCUGACCCGCAUGCCGCACCCUAGGCGCAGAUUACCGCGCAAGGAAGCUUCCAGGGUGUGUGGAUGACUCCUUCCAUAGGUCAGAAGGCAUCUUUUUUACGAACGGGUGGGUGGUUAGAAUUUCAAUUAAGAGUUUCGAG